AAAAAAAACAAACAUACACCAGAUACACACGAUGGAGCAAUGCAAUAACGAUCGUCCUUGUGUUAUCAGUAGUGGAAACUUUUUUCCCCAGAACUCCAAGUCGAAACAGCAGCAGCAGCAGCAACACACACAGGCAAUCAGCAAGCAUCUAACGCAAAAGGAUGACCCCCAUCUGCACAGCCCGCACCACCAGGAUCAGUCGUCGCUCGGCGAGAUUGAGGUGAUUCUCGUGCAGCAGCACAAACAGGACGCCCUAUCGGUGAUCAUCCAUCCGCAGGAGAGCAUGCAGCAGAUCAACAUGUGCCUGGGCAGCCAGAACCCGGGCUCGGUCGACUCGAUGAUGUCGUCCGACUUUCAGACGCUCUCGCCGAUGCACGACCGGGACUCGCCGGUCAGCCUCAACACGAACACCUCCUACGCGACGCUGACGCCCCUGCAGCCGCUGCCCCCGAUCUCGACGAUGUCGGACAAGUUCGCGUACUCGAUCGGUGGCAACAUCUGCGAGGCCUUUCCGGGCAUCAACAGCGGUGCGGUCGGUGUCAACAUCGAGAUCAACUCCUGCUACAACCUGGAAAAGCUCGGCGUCAUACAUUCGCCGGUGCAUCUGAGCGCGGUGCAGGAACUGUCGCCGGACGGUGGCGAUGUGCACGGGCACCACCAUCACCAUCAGCAUCCGCACCACCACCAUCACCAUCACCAUCCGGAUGUGCUGCAGGAGAAGGGCACGUGCGGGCUGAAGGAUGGGCUCAAGGAUCAUCUGUCCGCCAGCGAGAAGGACACGCUCGCGGACGAUGGCGGGAAGGGUGGCGGUGGAGGUGGUGGCGGCGGUGGCGGUGGAGGCGGCGGGGGAGGAAGUGGCAGUGGGGGCAGUGGGGGAGAUCAGUGCAUUUUGGUUCGUGCCUCGCCGCUGCCGCCGAGCCUCGGUACGAUCGACGAUCGGUUCCUGGGGUCGGCGAAGGGUGCGGAGCUGGUGGUGCGGCACCCGAAGGACGAUGGGGAACAGUUUAGCGGCACAGUGCAAUACCUGGAACACCCGAACGGGUCGGAUGUGCUACACGGCACCAACGGUACCGGACCCGGCGGUGGUGAUAGUAGUGGUGGCGGCGGAGGUGGCGGCGGCGGUGGCAGUGGCGGUGUGGGAGGCAUCCUGACAGGCAAGGAGCACCAUCAGUCGGUGUUUCUUAACAAGUCUUUCAGUUCAAAAACCAACAUAAGCGACCUUAACCUGUGUAAAGAGAUUGUUAUCGACGACGUGUACGAGGAGUCGGAGCUGGACCACGUGAAGCUGGAGGAGAAAAAGCUGGAGGAAUCGUGCAAUCAACAACUGACCAAUGGGGGCGGCCAGGGCGGCGGGCUCGGGGGCGGCAAGAGUGGGUCGUGCGUGUCGCUCGGGGACGUCGGCUGCAUAAACGGUGACAUCGAGGAGAUCAACACGAAGGAGCUGGCCCACCGGAUCAGCUCCGAGCUGAAGCGCUACAGCAUCCCGCAGGCGAUCUUCGCCCAGCGGGUACUGUGCCGGUCGCAGGGCACGCUGUCCGAUCUGCUCCGGAACCCGAAGCCCUGGUCGAAGCUGAAGUCCGGCCGCGAAACGUUCCGCCGGAUGUACAAAUGGAUACAGGAACCGGAAUAUCAGCGAAUGUCCGCACUCAGGCUCGCAGCAACUCAAUCGGCGAAACCAGUUAACUCUAAGAAGCCAGAGGAACCCGAAAACCACGUCAUGAUGGGACACACGAAAAAACCUCGACUAGUUUUUACAGAUCUGCAGAGAAGGACCCUUCAGGCAAUUUUCAAAGAAACUAAGCGGCCUUCAAAGGAGAUGCAAGUUACUAUCGCUCGUCAGCUGGGACUGGAGCCCACCACGGUCGGGAACUUUUUCAUGAACGCACGGCGACGCUCGAUGGACAAAUGGAAAGACGAGUCGAUGAAAGGUCGAAGCAGCAGUAGUGACAAUGUUAUACUAGAGCACCUGAAGGACGAUUCGUCCGACGAGAACCUGGGCUACGAUAGUGCGUUCGUGUCCGGCGACGGUCCGCUGGAGCACAACUAUCAGCAACACGUUCUCAACUAAAGCAAAGUAAACAAAAAAAAAACAACUUAAAUCAAUUCCCUUAUUUAAUUUAUAAAUUAACUAGAGAAAAAAAAAACAAAACAAACAAAACUAAAGCAAAGACAAAACAAAACGUCACGACUAAGGUUUAGUAGAGCAAAGCAAACAAGGUAAUAAAAAAGAAAACAAAUAGCCCCUCCCCUCCCCUAAAGCGCAAAGCAAAAGAAAAUCGACGCUGGCGUAAACCACUAAUCUAAUGGAAAAAGAGUUGUAACAAGUUAGAGAGAAAUCAAUGCUAGAUAAGGCAAAUCAAACAAAAUGGAAAGAUUAAAGGAAAAAACAACAACAACAACAAAACAAGCAGCUAACUCAAGUGAAACACACAACACAAACAUAUAAUAACACGGAAGUGAGAGAAGAAAAGAAGAAAAACCAAGAAAGAGAAUAAAACCCAAACAUAUACACAAAACAUAAGGAAGCACUCAACACGCAUACCAACAAACAAGUACACUUUAUGCCAGAAGUAAUUGCAAAAAGAAACAUUAUGUAGGAUUAUUCAGAGUAAUUGGAAUAAAACAAGUAAAAGAAAACUAUAUGUAUGGUGCAAAAUUGGCGAACUAAUCAGUAAAAGUGUAGGUGCAAAAACACACUGCAAUUGCCACUUAAAAUCUGAGUCUGAGCAAGCAAAACACUGAAUUACAAAAAAAAACAAACGACCAUAAAAAAGCA